UAUGUCAUCAUUAACUGCUGAGCAGAAGAAAAGAAUAGAAGAAAACCGGCAGAAGGCAUUAGCCAAACGGGCACAAAGAGAAUCGGCUGCUAAAUCUGCAGCAAACACAGCCUUGACUAAAGAUAAACUAGCAGCCAUAGAGAAAAACCGUCAAAAUGCUCUAGCCAAGAGAGCUGCACUUGAGGCCAGGGUUUCUAAAUCAAAUUCGACUCAAUUAAAAUUGAAUUUCACUCCGAGUACUGGUAAAAGCACUUCUGGUCAAAGUUUAUCAAAAUUCGGAUCUAACCCCCAAACGAGAACCUCUGUCGAAUUAUCACUGAAAAGUGAUGAUAGAUUUGUUGCCACAUUCGGAUAUGAUAGCAGCAUUAUAAAUAUUCUGAAAGAAAUUCCAUCUAAGUUAUAUGAUCAAGAAAAUAGAGUAUGGACAUUUCAUUUGUCUGAUCAUAGUUUAAUAUUGGAGAAACUUUCAAAGCAUGGAUAUCAAGUAAAACCUCUUCCUAAAUGGAUUGUAAAGACGUUUCCAAUCAAGGACGAGAAUAUUACAAUUGAUUUAAGCUGUAUUGAAGAAAAAUUACUUAAUACAUUAAUGCCAUUUCAAAGAGAGGGUGUCGAGUUUGUUAUUUCUAAAAAUGGACGAGGAAUUAUUGCAGAUGAAAUGGGCUUAGGAAAGACUAUUCAAGCUAUAACCCUCGCAAUAUUUUAUAAAUCAGAAUGGCCACUUCUUGUUAUAACUCCGUCGUCUGUUCGGUUUUCUUGGAAACAGCAAAUAUUACAAUGGUAUCCAUCAUUAGACAAGGAUGAUAUAAACGUUGCUGUAUCAGCUAAGGAUGAUCCCACAAAAGGUCUGGUAAACAUAGUUAGCUACGAUUUGAUGAUAAGACAUAAAAUGGAUUUCAUUAGACAAGGUUUCAAAGUUGUUAUUGUGGAUGAAUGUCACUUAAUUAAGAAUAAUAAGGCUAUGCGUACACAGAUAGCCAUGGCUGUAAUUCAUCAAGCUAAAAGAGCAAUCUUACUGAGUGGGACACCUGCCUUAUCGCGACCUGCGGAGUUAUAUACUCAAAUUGCUGCAGUGAGACAAAAUCUAUUUAGCAGCUUUCCUGAUUUUGCUUAUCGUUACUGUGAUGCGAAACAAUCCAACUGGGGUCUAGAUACGUCUGGGUCUUCUAAUCUGGGCGAGUUACAAAUUCUUUUGGAGAGAACAAUUAUGAUUCGGAGGUUAAAACGGAAUGUUAUGGACCAACUUCCAGCUAAAACCAGACAGCUAAUUACUUUAGAUAAUUCAGCAGUUAAAAUAGAUAAAAGAUUAAAAGAGGCGAAGGAUAAGCUGAAAGUCACAAAAAAUCAAGAGCGAAGAGGUGCUAUAAUGGAAUACUUUCGUGCGACAGGAGCUGUGAAGAUAAAAGCGAUAACUCAAUAUGUUAGUGAAAUGUUAGAGAUGGAUAAGAAAUUUAUAAUUUUUGCUCAUCAUCAAGUUAUUUUAGAUGCUAUUGAAAAUUCUGUUGUUGAAAAGGAAAGAAAAUACAUAAGAAUAGACGGUUCAACGAAUCCCGAACAAAGACAUUUUUUUGUUCAGCAAUUUCAGAAUGACGAUAGCGUUAGAGUAGCAAUUCUCUCGAUAACUGCUGCAAAUAGUGGUCUUAAUUUAACAGCUGCAUCUUUAGUAAUAUUUUCAGAAUUAUUUUGGAAUCCAGGGAUAUUGGUUCAAGCGGAGGAUAGAGCGCAUAGAAUUGGUCAAAAAGACUGUGUUAAUAUUCAAUAUUUAGUUGCUGAAAAUACCGCUGAUGACCUAUUAUGGCCGAUGAUUCAAAAAAAGCUCAACAUUCUCGGUGAAAUAGGAUUAACAAAAGAAAAUUUCUCAUCAGCUAGUCGGCGAGAUGUCGGAAAUAAACAAAAUGAUCUUUUAAACUAUUUCGAAACAGAUUUCUUAACUGAAGAAAAUAGUACAGCUGAUAAAGCGAAGCCUGAUGAGCAGACAACAUCUAAGUCAGAAGAUGCUAAAGAUGUCAAUAGAUGGUUGGUUGACGAUGAAUUCGAUGAGAUACCAGAGUCAAUGUUGCAAUAUGACGUUGAACCUUCCGAGAAAAAAUUGAAAUUGGAAAACAGCUAA